AUGGCAGCGUCUGAGACAGUUAAGGUAUCUGUCGUCAUAGAUCCGACGCCAAAUAUUAUCCCUUGCUCAACAACUUUUACUGCUGAAGAAUUGUGUAUAGUUCUGUGUAAGAAAUAUAACAUUCCGCCACUGACGCGUACCCUGUUUGCAUUACGGAUCAAAGGCUCAGACCUUUUCCUCAAAGAUAACAGCAAAGUUCUUCUGAGUUCAAGAGAUUACGAAUUAAGGAUACGGUUCAAGGUACCACGACUGGGUCUGUUAAUAACUUUAGAUGAAACAACUUAUGAUUACUACUUUCAACAAGCAAGAAAUGAUGUUAACGAAAAUAAAGUGCCUGAAAUUAAGUACCCUGAAAAUAAACAGGAACUUUUGGGUCUCGGCAUAGCUGAUAUGACAAGGGCAAUCAUAGAAGAGAAACUGCAAUUAAAUGAUGUAGUUCGUAAUCACAAGAAAUAUAUUCCCAAAAUUAUAAUAAGGAGACAUGGUCCAUAUCCAAAAAAAUAUGCCAUUGAUUAUCUUCCAAAACUGUGUUCCGUUGGUCACAAUGUUAACUAUGUUAAAAAUCUAUAUUUACAACAAUUAUAUGGAUUGGCACCAAACUAUUUGGCUGAGGAGUAUAACAAUGUACUCUGGCAGAAUGGUAGUGAUGUAUUGCCUGUUAAAGUUGUCGUUUCACCAUUUCAUCCGCACCAGCCAGGAAUACGGCUCUUUAAUAUUACUAAAAGAGAUUGGUUUCAUGUUUGCACUAUAGAGGAGUUAAUAUAUUUGACUAGAAAUGGAGAUAACUGUUUGGAGAUAUCAAGACGAGGGACACCUUUGUUUCUAAAGUUCAAAAAUGAGGAACAGUUGUCAUCAUUUAUAUCUUUAUGUGAUGGAUACUAUAGAUUAAUGGUAAAGUGGACAUUUAAUUUGUCAAAGGAUGAUGAAACACCUUCAUUAAAGGAGCUCCAGAGAAUAAAGUGCCAUGGGCCUGUUGGAGGUGCAUUUUCAUAUCGUAAGCUUGAAGAGAAGCGUGCAAAGAAGCAUGGCUGUUACAUUCUUAGGCAAUGUCAGGAUGAUUACAAUGUAUAUUAUUUGGAUGUUUGCUCCAAAAAUAGUACAACUGAAACAUACAAAAUAGAAUUCAAAGGCCACUGCUAUAUAUUUAAUAAGGAAGAAUAUUUUAGUAUUGAAAGGUUGGUUAGUUGUCAUCAAAAUCCUGAAGGAAGGAUAUUUCUUAAUGAAUGCAUACCACCUUCAGAAUAUGAUAAGUCUCAGUUACUGUUAUGUGGUGAACCGUUAAAGAAAGGAGUUAGAAUUGACCAAGCGGAGUUGCAAGAGAUUUUAAAAGACAACAAAAGUCCAAGAUGUCUGCCAAACAAAGAUUUAUUAUUAUAUACCGGUUCUGAAAAAGUGGGUUCCGAAAAUAUAACAGCGACAUACAAGGCUCUUUGGCGUCUGGAUGAAACUAAAAAAUUGGUUGUGGCAUUUAAGACAUUACAAAGAGAAAAGGCUAAUGAUUAUUUAAAGGAUUUUAUCGAGUUAGCAAGUAAAUGGGCGUGCGUGCAAUCUAGUUCUAUAGUGAGGUUGUAUGGUGUUACACUGAGUUCACCGACUGCUAUGGUGUUAGAAUACUUGCCCUAUGGCCCCUUUGAUGUAUAUCUUAGGGAGAAUGAGGAAAAUGUGAAGCCUAUACAUCUAAAGAAGGUAGCAGCAGGUCUGGCUCGUGCUCUAUGGGAUCUCUCAGAGGCUGGUAUAGUACAUGGAGCGAUACGAUGUCGCCGUUUACUACUCGCCUCUCACCAUGAUGACCGCAUCAUCGUCAAGCUCUCCGGACCGACACUCAGACAGUACUCGCCGCUCGAUGUUCACUGGAUGCCGGUAGAAUUCUUUUCUGACAUGAACUUAGCAAAGAGAUCUGUAUUAGGAGACAUCUGGGCCUUCGCUACGACCCUGUGGCAGGUUUUCUCAUACGGACACUCUCCGAAUGAUACAAAUCCAGUUUUAACAGCAAGAAGCUAUGAGAUGGGUGACAGAUUGCUUCGUCCGUCUCGUUGUCCCGGCGAGGUGUGGGCUUUAGUCAGGUCCUGUUGGCAGAGCGACCCACCAAGACCGCAGGAAAUCAUGAGAGAUAUGAAUCACAUGCUGCAUAGAGAAUAUGUUCCUCUACAUGAGUAUGAAGAACCAAAGAUUUCAUUGGACCACAUGGAACAUGCAGAAACAGUGUCAAGUGAUCGAUUCAUUCCCAGUGAGCUGAGUGACGCCGGCAGUAAUAAGUCGUUGAUAUCAGUAGACAGCAGCUUACCUUCAACCAACGGGACAGUAUCGGAUUCAUAUGAUAAUCCAUUCGCUGACAACAAGAGUUCUAACUCGUUGGAAUCAAUGAACGCAUUGACUUACGCACUGCGGUCGGAGGCUGUGAUCAGCCGUAGCAACAGUGCGUGUGGACCCGACGAGCCAGACGAUGGUGCGGGCGCGCCAAGACUUAUGGAGUCCAUCGUGUCCCAGGGGAAGACAUAUCUUGUUACCAUAACAAAGAAAAUAGGAAGUGGCAAUUACGGACACGUCUUCAAAGGCUGGAUGGAACGUGACAAUCAAGAAUCUCAAAGAAAAGAAGUUGCUGUUAAGAAAUUAACUCGACAAGCUUCGGAAAGAAAUGGAAGCCUUUAUGAGGAUUUUAAAAAUGAGCUAGAAAUUAUGAAGUCCCUACAACACAUCAACAUAGUAGAGAUCCUCGGUUAUUCUUGGGAUCAUAGUUCAGAUGUGCUCAUAGUCAUGGAAUAUUUAGAGGAAGGUUCACUUAACUACUACCUCAAGUUCCAAGGAGAUAAGCUGAGAAUAUCACAUCUUUUGAAAUAUGCCAAAGAUAUUGCUACGGGUAUGGAUCACGUGUCAGCGAAGAACGUUGUUCAUAGAGAUCUAGCUACAAGGAACAUUCUAGUUGUGAACAAAUAUCAUGUGAAGAUAUCAGAUUUUGGCUUAGCCAGGAUCAUACCUAAGGAGGAGAGUGCAUACAGAAUUAAGACGGAGCGCCUUUUACCUAUCAAUUGGUAUGCUCCGGAAUCAGCAGUAGAGCCGUGGCAUUUCUCAAGUAAGAGUGAUGUGUGGUCGUACGGUGUUACAGCCUGGGAGAUAUUCACACGGGCUAGGACCGAAGUGCCCAAGUUCGAUGUGGAAAGACCCAGGGAAAGGGCGUCGUGUUUUCAAAUACCAGAAGGUUGUCCAUCGGAGAUAUUCAGACAUCUGAUGAAAGAAUGCUGGGCCCUAGACCCGAAUUUACGUCCCAAGUUCAUUGACCUCGUGCAUAUGUGCAAGCGAUUUAUGGAUGAAUACCAGUGA